AUGGAUAAAAGUAAUUAUAAUCAACUUUUGUCAGAUUUUUUGGAUGUAUCAAAAGCGAAUGAAAAUACGAAUAUACAAACCAAUAAUACAAAUGGAGGUUGUGGUAAUAACAACAACACAACUUUUGAUGAUUGUGAUGAAAUUAAUGAAAAAUCAACAAUAGCUUCAACUGGUUGUAAAGAUAUUAAAAAUAUAUUUUCAGGUGUGGUGCCAAAGGUAACUUAUUUACCUCCUAAAAUAACUCCAAUAUCAACACCAAAUGUUAUUUUAAAUUCACCUACACAUCCUACAUCACCUUCAAAUAUAAAUAUAAAUACAAACACAACAAAUACAAAUAUAACAAACUCAAAAAUAACGACUACAUUUAUGAAUACAGCUACAACUACAACUACAAAUUCAAAUAUAAAAAAUGAAAUUGAUGAAGAUGAUAAUGGGUUUGAUGAUUCAUUAAUAACAAAAAGAAGACCGAUUAGAAAAAACUCAUCUUUACAUUUAAAUGACGAUGAUGGUGAUGAUGAUAUAGUUGAUACUAAUAAUAUACCACCACCACCAUCAUCAUCAAAGACAACACCAACCAUAACACCUUCAUUACCAACCAAAAAGAUUCCAGCAAUAUUUCACUCACCAAUUGUAAAUAAAACAACAAAUAAUAAUAACAAUUAUAAUAAUAAUAAUAAUAAUAAUACAAACAGUAUUAACAGUAAUAUAUAUAAUUUUGUAAAUAAAAACUCUUCAGAUUUGGUUAAAACUAUUAAAUCAGAUUUAUAUGAUUUGGGAAUAAAGAAAAAGAAUUUGAAAAAUCAAAAAAAAGGUUCAUCGGAUGAUGAGAAACAAAGAAUAUCUGAUGAACUCCAAGAAAUCAAAAAAUCAAAAAAAGAAUUAAUUAAAUUACUUGAAAACGCUUUAAAUAAUAAUAAUAAUAAUAAUAAUAAUAAUAAUAAUAAUAAUAAUAAUAAUAAUAAUAAUAAUAAUAAUAAUAAUAAUAGUAGUAAUAAUUAUAAUAAUAUUAGUAAUAAUUAUAGUAACAGCAAUAAUGUAGUAUAUAAUAGUAACUCGACGAAUAAUAUUAAUAAUAAUAGUAAUAAUAGUAAUAAUAGUAAUUCAACAUCACCAACAUUUAAGAGUAGUACAAUCGUUCAACCUCCAAAAGUAACACCAAACUAUACAUCUGAUAUAUCACUUGAUGAUGAUAAUUAUUAUCCAAAUGAUAUCGAUGAAUAUACACAUCACUCAACAACGACAACGACAACAACAACAUCAAAAACUAAUAAUGAUAAUAAUAAUAAUUAUGAUAAUGAUAUAAUUGAUUUAGAUGAAUAUGAUGGUUUUAGUGGUUUUGAUAGUGGGUACGAAAAUGGAACCGAUAGUGCAAUGUUUGAUGAUGAAGAUGUUGUAGUUAAUGAACAAAAACCUACAAACAAUCACUUUUCAACAAACUCUUUUAAUAAUAGUAAUAAUAAUAAUAAUAAUGUUUUUUCAGUUGCAAACUUUAAUGGUGAUAAUAGUAGAUUUAAAGGUAAUUUCCCAUGGAGUCAAAAGAUUAUAGAUAUAAAUAGAUCAAUGUUUGGUUUUCAUGUUUUUAGAGAGAAUCAAAGGGAAAUUAUUAAUUCAACAUUGGAAGGAAAUGAUACAUUUGUGUUAAUGCCAACUGGUGGUGGUAAAAGUUUAUGUUAUCAAAUACCAGCACUUUAUCAAAAGGGACUUACCAUUGUAAUUUCACCAUUGAUUUCAUUGAUUAAUGAUCAAGUGGAAUUUUUAGAGACAUUGGGAUACCCUGCCGCUGCAUUAAGUAGUGCGGUUUCAUCAGAUGCAGCCAUUGAUGUCUACAAAGAUAUUAGAUCAAAUUCACCAAAGAUUCGUUUACUAUAUUUAACACCUGAAAGAGUUGUAAAGAGUGAUUCACUCAUAGAGAUAUUGGCCAAUCUAGAUCAAAAGGGUUUAUUCUCAAGAAUUGUAAUUGAUGAAGCACAUUGUGUAUCGCAAUGGGGUCACGAUUUUCGUCCAGAUUAUAAAGAACUCUCAAUAUUAAGAAGGAAAUUCCCAAAGGUACCAAUACUUGCAUUGACAGCAACAGCUACAGAAAGAGUUAGAAAUGAUGUUAUCUACAAUCUUAGUAUGAGAAAUCCAGUUUGUUUCAAACAAAGUUUCAAUAGACCCAAUUUAAUUUAUCAAGUUUUAAAGAAAACCAAACAAGUGGUUGAUGACAUGUCCAAGUUUAUUCAUUCAACUUAUCCUGAUAAAUCUGGUAUCGUCUAUUGUAUUUCAAAGUAUGAUUGUGAGAAUGUUGCAAAGAGAUUAAGAGAAUUGAAAAUUAGUGCAGCCCAUUAUCAUGCGGGUUUAGAGAAUGAUGAAAGAGCUAAAGUUCAAGCUAAUUGGCAAAAGGGUAGAAUUAAGGUUAUUGUUGCAACCAUUGCAUUUGGUAUGGGUAUUAACAAAGCUGACGUUAGAUUUGUCAUUCAUCAUUCAGUUCCUAAAUCAUUGGAAGGUUACUAUCAAGAGAGUGGUAGAGCUGGUCGUGAUGGUGGUAUUUCUCAUUGCUUAUUAUACUUUUCGUGGGCUGAUAAAUUAAGAAACGAUCUCUUGAUUCAAAAUAGUUUUACAAGUGGUCAAGGUAGUUCCCACAAUACUAGAGAAACUAGAGACAGUUUGAAUAAAAUGGUAAACUAUUGCGAGAAUGAAACCGAUUGCAGACGUCAAUUACAAUUGGCUUACUUUGGUGAAAAUUUUGAAAAGAGUGGAUGUAAAAAAACCUGUGAUAAUUGUAUAAGCACUUUGGAAACCACUAGAAAGGAUGUCACUGAAGAAUCGAAAAAUCUUGUAAAAACCAUCAAAGCAUUGGGUUCAGAUACAUCAAAUUUAAUCAUUGACAUUUUCAAGGGUUCAAAAGGUAAAAAGGUUUUAGAAAAGUGUGCACAAUCUGGAAUUACCAAUUUACAUGGCAUUGGUAAGAAUUGGCAAAAACAUGAAAUUGAAAGAAUAUUACAUCAAUUACUUAGAGAUAAUAUUCUAAAGGAAACUAUUAGUCAAAAUCCUUAUGGUGGAACUUAUUCUCAUUUAUCAGUGGGGAGUUAUGCUGAUAAUUUACUAAGAAAUCAAAAGAAUGUAACACUAUCAUUUAGAUCAACACCUGCCAAAAAAACUGUAUCAGCCGCCAAAAAGAAGAAAUCAAGUAAAAAUAAUGAAGAUGAUGAAGAAGAAGAAGAUGAAGUCCCAACUAAUUUCGUUAUAAUUCAAAAUAAAACCACUAAAACCGAUGCUAAUCUUGUUGCUCGUUUGGAAAAACUUCGUCAAGAUCUUGCUUUAAUUGAAAAUAUCCAAGAAACCUAUAUCUUCUCACGUGAUACUAUCGAUGAUAUUCUUAGAGUUAAACCAAAAACUAUUAAAGAAUUAAAAGGUCUUACAGGUCUUCCAUCUCAAAAAAUUGAUAGAUAUGGUAAAUCUAUCAUUCAAGCCAUUAAUGAUUUUCUCUCUGAUACACCUUAUUCAUUUGAUAAAAGUAGUUUUCAAAAAAUACCAUUUAAUUCAACUCAAACUUCAUCUUAUUUUUCAAAGUCUAGUAGUAAUCCACCACAUGUUCACACUAUAAGUGAUGACUCUGAAUUUGAUACUGAUACAACUAAUUUCGUUAUUGACAAUGAUACUGUUGAUGAAAAUGAAAAUUUUGACUUUGAAAUUGAUGACAAUGAUUAUUUAGAUCAACCACAACAACAACAAUCAAAUAAAAGAAAACAAUCAUCAACAUCUGUAACCUCAACGAAAUCAAGUAGAGUUAAAAAAUAA